GAGAGAGAGAGAGCGAGAGGUGUGAUAGAUACAACUGUGUAGUUGUUCCAAAGCAAAUUAAGUGAAGAGAAAAGCUAAAACGAACUUCAUCUCGGUACAACAAUCAUGGAUUAUCUGCUUUUGGACUCUGCAGAUUAUGUUAGAUUUCGGACCUGGCCAAAACAGUAUAAGAAUUAUGCUGUCAAAGUUCUGCAACACAUUAAUUUAAAGUACGGAAGCACCACAUGAUUCAGUCAAAUUUUAUAUACUCUCGUCAGAUCAAAUUUGAUCAAUAUUCAAACUGAAACUUUAUACUACGUAUUCACUGAUUAGUAUUAUUUUAUUUUAAAUUACUUUUGAAACAAUUAAAUUACCAUAUGCUUUUUUAUUUUAUUUUUUGGGUAUCAUAUCUAGGAUUCUAGUGCAUAUCUGUUGGUUCUAACAACAUAUCAUCUUAGAGUACAAAACAAGGCAAGCUGGUACUUUCACUAAUAUUAUAUUUUUAUAUAUACUAUCCUAAAAUUUCUCAUGCGUAACUCCAAAGUCCAAGCAGCAAUAUUCAUUCAAAGCCGAAAGAAGAAAAGAAAAAGAAAAAGAAAAAAAAAAAAAAACUCUACGUACCCCGGCCUUUUGAUUCUCUCUCUAGACAUCCCUCUCUCUCUCUCCUCUCUUCUUCUUUUUUGUUUUUGCUUUACCAAUCACUACUGCCAUGGCAGCAUUGGUGGCCAAGGUGGUUGUGAUGGCAGUGGUAGGGCUAUCAAUGAUGAUCACCACGGUGGAGGCGGCAACCUGGUGCGUGGCGAGAAGCGGAGUGGGAGCGGUGGCGUUGCAGACCUCUCUGGACUAUGCGUGUGGGGCAGGGGCGGACUGUGCACCCAUUCAACCAUCUGGGUUGUGUUACCUUCCGAACACCGUUGAAGCACAUGCUUCCUAUGCCUUCAACAGUUUCUACCAGCGCAAGGCCAUGGCACCUGGCUCAUGUGACUUCUCUGGCACCUCCACCCUUGCUGGAACUGAUCCCAGUUAUGGGUCAUGUGUUUAUCCAUCGUCUCAGAGCGCGGCUGGUGGAGGGACAACUAUACCGGCCACGACGCCAACUCUAGGUGUACCGAUGCCGCCAGGAACCACCACUUCACCAUAUGGCAAUGGAGGACUCACUCCCGGCGUGGGAUCUGUUGUACCCAACAUAGAUAAUUCUAAUUCCAAAGCUUCCCUGGGGUCCUCACACACAAUAUUUCUGGUUUCUGUCUGUAUCUUUGUUGUUCUCUCAUUUUUAUUUCAACCCAUGUAGUCUUUGAAGCUCCAUUUCAUUGAUUUAGUUAGGAGGACUAGGUUGAUUUAGUACAUUUUUGUUAGAAGUUAGGACUUUUUUUUUUUUUUUUUUUUUUU